UAAGCGGAAAAAAUCGCGCAAAUGGAUCAGACCUGACGCGCUGAUAAUCCGCCCUGCCGAAAAAGAGAAGUAUUCCGAGAUAUUGCGCCGCAUAAAGCGUGAUGUCCCAGCAGACCAGGUUCGAAAUACCGUCGAGAAGGACCAUCACAGGAAUUCUUCAAGACGAUGCUAAGGUAGUCUGUAAAGGUCCACAGGAGACCAUUGAGAUUCGAGACAUCGACGAAGAAACGACGAAGGAAGAGAUCCAGGCCGCCCUGAAAGAGGAAGUUGGAAAAGAUCAUGAGAUACCUCUAGAAGGAAUAAAAAUCCGUAAGGCUUUCAGAGGUACGCAGACGGCUGCAGUCACUUUACCUAUGACCAUCGCGCGAAAAUUAGUGGAAGGAACCGGCAAGAUCCAUGUCGGGUGGGUUAACUGCCGAAUCAAAGCGACGACGAGACCUAUCCAAUGCUUUAAAUGCUGGCACUUUGGACAUGUUGGGCCCCAAUGUAAAAGCCAAGUAGACCGAUCUAAACUCUGCAUCAGAUGUGGACAAGAAGGGCACCUUAUCGCAGACUGUAAAAAUUCUGCCAAGUGUGCAAUAUGUGCUGACCAGCAAGGAGCAAAGGACGUGGCUCACCAUGCCGGCACCUACAGAUGCCCGGUAUAUCAGGAGGCGCUCCAGAAGUUGACGAACAAACAAGCAUGAGGAUAUUGCAGCUCAACCUCAACCAUUGUGAAGCAGC